AGUCUCUUAUAUCUCAUUGGAUGUCAAACCCACCGAACACACAAAUCUCCAACGUCUUUCAUUUUUCUCAGAAAAAACACAAACUCACCGAGUCCAACAGAGUCAACUCGUUUCUUCCAUUUUAAGUUAGUUAGCUUCACUGUGCAAUGUUUUCAAGCCCUGUUAAUGGAAUGAUGGCUGGGAUUCAGGGAGGAACUUGGCCUCUCUGAAUUUCCAGCUAAAGAAAAAAUAUAUUUUAUCAGCCAACGAAAAAAAUUCUUGCAGAAAUUUUAAAGAGAAAAUCAGAGGAACUUGGUUUUAACAGCAAAAAAUCUGAACUUGGUUCUGUUCCUUUGAUUGGCUUAUGUAAAUUUUUGUAUUGGUUUAGUUCUUCUUGGUGAUUAGCUUCUAGCCAAAUGGUUUCAUGGAAAUGUAAAGAUACACGGAGGACUUACUGUUGGCUGAUAAUAUUACCUAUUAAAGUUGUUGUUCUAUAAGGCCUUAUUUGUUAGUUAAUGAUCAAGUUUCUGUGAUUCAAAUGCAAGAGACAUGUCUGUUAGACUUGGUCUUCUGACAGACUUAUGCUAGUUAAAAACGAGCUCUCUUCAUGAGACAAAUCUUCUUGGCGUUGGAUCUAUUAAAUACUGAAUCCGGGCAAAUCUUCUUUUGGCAAUAAAAACUCGUAUCCAAGAAAAGAGAAAUCUUUUUCAGGAAAAUUUGUUAUACAUCUUUAGACAUUAAGAUUUCAGCUACUUGGGGCAAAUCUCCUUUGGCAAAGUUACGGAAGUGUCCUCUAGCAAGGAAGUUCACCUGAUAGUGAACACUGAGCAGAGUAGAGGCUUCAGAAUUACUUAAUUUCGACAGAGGAUUUCAUCCUUGUUAUAAGGCUGAUAUUCUUUGGCUUGAACUUUUUUUCUUUCUUGUAAUUGAUACUCCGAUCUAGAAGACUGCAGCUUACUGAUACAUCACUUCUGUGGUAAUCUUUAUUGGAAGUAUCUUCUUGCAAGCGUUUCGGUCCAUUUUCUGGGCAAAUCUCCUUUGGCAUCCGGAGUCUACGUCGACUCCUACUAUCCCUGUGGGUUAUCAGAGUCUUCAGUUGGCUCAUUUCCCACCCCUGUUGGGCAAAUCUCCUUUGGCAUUUGGAAGUCCCGAGUUGGCUUCCUUUUAUCCCUUUACAAGGCUUUGGCAUACAACCUCUGUCUUUAAAGGACAAGAUAUUCUUUCGGAAUAUCUAUAUCGAACCUUGGUACCAGUAUUCUUGAAGGAACUGUGCAGUGUUGAUUCUGCUGUCUGAUCAUUUGUCAGACCACCAUUGCAUUAUCUACUGCGGAGUGUCUUAAAGCAGCAUUUUCACUGAUAAAUAUUUUGUCAUUUCAAGUUGCUUGGUGAACUGCAACUUACAGGUAUCCAAGCAUUGUAAUUUAUAAUAAAAUUUGUUUCCAGUUUAAAUUUAAGGGUUGGUAGUGUUUCUUGGGGGAGGAUAUACAAAAGUAUCAAGAAAACAAGAAAAAAAAGUUAUUCUAAUGGAUAUGUUCUCUAGUGACUGUGAUUCUGAAUGGGACAGCAUGAGUGACAGCGGCAGUGAACUUGAGUUUCUGUAUGGCGGGCAGGCUAAUUGCAUAUUGUCAAGCCUGGGGGAGAGCAUAGGAAAAAUCGACGAUUUCCUAUCAUUUGAGAGGGGGUUCGUGCGUGAAGACAUUGUUUGCUCCAUAGCUGAUCCAUCCGGACAGAUGGGCAGAGUUGUGAACAUUAAAAUGCUUGUUGACCUGGAAAAUGUUCAUGGAAAAAUUAUAAAAGGUAUUGAUUCGAAGGAGCUUCUAAAGAUUCGCUCCAUUUCGGUGGGUGAUUAUGUGAUCAAUGGACCUUGGAUAGGAAGGGUCGAUAAAGUUUUUGAUAAUGUCACCAUUGUCUUUGAUGACGGAACUAAAUGCGAGGUAACUUCAGCAGAUAAGGAAAAGGUUGUACCUGUUUCUUCUAACUUACUUGAGGAUUCAACUUACCCCUAUUAUCCGGGACAGAGAGUGCAGGUUAGGCACUCUACUGUUUCAAGGACUAGAUGGCCAUGUGGUGCGUGGAAGGAAAAUCAGGAUGUAGGGACUAUUUCUUCUGUAAAAGCAGGUCUAGUGUUUGUUGAUUGGCUCGCCUGUGCUCUUGUUGGUUGUGAUAUGACUUCCUCGGCUCCCUCUCGUUUACAGGAUGUGAAAAACUUGAAUUUAUUGCCAUGUUUUCCGCACGAGCAUUGGCAGCUUGGAGACGGGUGUAUGCUUCCUCGCGCUGAUUUUAAGGGAGUAAUUGGGCGAGAUAUUUGCUCAAAAUUUGAAGAGGUUUUUGUUAUUAUUAAGGCAAAAACCAUUGUCGAUGUUCUGUGGCAGGAUGGAGGCUACUCGGCGGAAAUAGAUUCACAUUCUCUACUCCCCAUAAAUGUUGUCAAUGCUCAUGAGUUCUGGCCGGGGCAGUUUGUAGUUGAGAAGGGUGCUUGUGAUGAUCCGAAUUUUUCUAGCAACCAAAAAUGGGGUGUAGUAAGUGCUGUGGAUGCGAAGGAACGGACUGUGAGGGUGAAAUGGAACUCUAGUGUAGCAAUUCAGGCUCAUGAAAUGGGCAGCAACAUGGUGGAAGAAAUUCUGAGUGCUUAUGAACUGGUUGAGCAUCCGGAUUUCUCUUGCUGUUUGGGAGAUAUUGUAUUUAAAACUGUUGAUCAUGUCGAUAAGAAUCAUUCAAACAGAGAGGCUGACAUGAGCCAAACUCUUGCUCUUGAAAGCAAGGAUUUCAAUGCAAAUCAGAAUGAUUACUCUUCUAUUGGUUACUUGUCCUGUAUUGGCUACGUUUCGGGCUUCAGAGAUGGUUCUGUUGCGGUAAAAUGGGCUUCUGGUCUUGAAACCAAGGUUGCUCCUAAUGAAAUUUAUAGAAUAGAUAAAUAUCAUAGUUUACCUGCGAACUCUGGAUUGAAUGAGCAAACUGCUGAUGAAAUGAAUUUGAAUCCAGAGAUGGUUGAACUUGAAAAACAAUCCUCUAAUUCGAAAGGAAAGGAUCUGCUAAAUUCCGAUAGCAGCAGCGACUGCAAAUGGAGCUCAUGGGAAGCUAGUUCAUGCUUUCUUCCACAAUCCACUGUUGGCUUUUUCACAAGAAUUGCAGCAACUAUAUUUGGAUCAUUUGGUGCCGCAUCAUUGCCUGGUUCAAUAUCAUCUGGCUCCGAGUUUAAAGAUGAAAAGCAGUACAAAUCAUUUGAAGAGAAAGAUAAUAUGGGAGGAGAUGAUUUCUGCACAGAGAUGCAAUCCCUGAUACCAGGAGAGGUGCUAUUUGAAAAGAUGAGUAUAAACCAGAAAAACAGUCGAUUUCUUGAGAAUAAAGACGUUCAAUCUCCAAUUAUCGGCAAGAGUGCAGAACGGUUCAGGCAAUUUGAAAUGGUCGAUAACUGCUCUGACCACCACUUUGUUGAUGGCGCAGGCAGAGGAUUAGUAGCAUCGCAGAUGAAAAGAAGUUGGCUGAAGAAGGUGCAACAAGAAUGGAUUACGUUAGAAAACAAUCUUCCCGAAUCAAUUUUUGUCCGCACCUAUGAGGAAAGGACGGACCUCCUUCGAGCAGCCAUUGUUGGAGCACCUGGAACUCCGUAUAACGAUGGUCUGUUCUUCUUCGAUAUACAUCUUCCUCCAGAGUAUCCUCAGGAACCACCCUUGGUGCACUAUCGUUCUGGCGGGCUUCGCGUCAAUCCGAACUUAUACGAGUCGGGAAAGGUCUGCCUGAGUCUCCUCAACACGUGGACAGGCACCGGUACUGAAGUAUGGAAUCCAGAGAGCUCGAACAUUCUACAAGUUCUUCUCUCCCUUCAGGCCCUUGUGCUUAAUGAGAAACCGUAUUUCAACGAAGCUGGUUAUGAUAAGCAGCUUGGAAGAGCUGAGGGAGAGAAGAACUCGGUUAGUUAUAAUGAAAAUGCAUUCCUCAUGACCUGGAAGUCCAUGCUUUACUUACUUCGCCGGCCACCUCAGCAUUUCGAAGGUCUUAUAGAAGAGCACUUGAAGAGGCGAUCUGAACAGAUUCUAUCAGCUUGUAAAGCAUAUACAGAAGGAGCUACAGUAGCAUAUCCAUCUGGAUGUGAACAGAACAUUGAGAAUGAAAAUCAAAACGGGAGCUCUACCGGAUUCAAAAUCAUGCUCGGUAAGCUCUUUCUGAUGCUUGUAGAAGCGUUUGCUGCGAAAGGAAUUGACUGCAGCAAAUUCACAGCUAUAUAGAGCUGUGAAUCUUUGUAUCAUCAUUUCUGUGUAAAAAAAAAAAAUCAAAGAUCCUCUGUGAAGAAUCUUUGUGGUGUGAUUUGUUUGUGUGAUGAAUAAAGACAUGAAUCUAGUUCAUGUAUAAAAAUGUUUGUUCUUGUAUUGUAAUGAUGUGGCUGUAAGUCUGUAACAGCAAUGUGUAUCUGCAAAAUGCAGACUCAGUAUUGUGAAUAAAUAAAGAAUCAGAGUGUAUAUUGGUGUGGUA